GUGUAUCAAGGAUGUGAAUACGUUCAAACCGCAAAACUCCGCUGAAGUGGUUCCAAAAUUAAUUAGUGUCUUGCUGUCUCUGUUUUUGCGAAAACUUAUUCCAAAACAGGAAGCAGUAUUCACAACGAUUCGUUCACUGCAAUGAUUAGCGUAAACCUCUUCUAGCUCUUGAAUAGCAGUUGCAUAAAAUAUGUUGAAGCAUGUCAAGAAAAUUUCGUCAACAUCUAAUCAUUUAUUGGCGGAUUCUGGCAACGGGAUUCAGAGCCAUCGCGGCGAUCUUGCUGUCCCAUCUGCUCAAGCCAACGUUUCCGCUCAGCUUGCUCACAUCAGCGAUCGCUCUCCACCUCCUGGCCAACUAAAAUCCCAAAUCUCAGCUAACAAAGGUCGCCCUGCGUCAGCCAGUCGGGUUCGGCUUACAGCACAAUUUUCGUACAAAAGCUACGGGAGCUACCAGUUGCGUCCAGUCUUACAAAAGUCAGUUUCUACUCACACCGAAUUCGACCAUUUGAGAAUCCGCGAUAUUAAAAGUUUUAUCAUGGGCAUUCUGUUUAUUGGCUCAUUUUCGAGCCUUGCUGGAAUGGUCAAUAACAUAGUUCGGCAGUCAACAGAACAGGAAUCGUUUUAUGCACCCUCUUUCAUCGUAUGGCAUCGCUUUGCAGUCAGGAUUUUUACAUUUCCUGUUUACCUUUGUAUUAAGCGACUGAACGCGUGCAUGUUUCAUGGAGGAAUUCCAGAAAGGUCAUUCAAGGAAUUCUAUUUGGACAGCGCGAUGAUUUACGGUGGAAGAAAAGUAACCUUUACCAAGGUUUUCUGGGACUUCAUGCUGUUGGCAGCUCUGCACAUCCUGUCGCAGUACGGAAACUGGGCGCCGCUGUAUUAUGCAGUGUCUACCGGAACUGUGGCUGCGCUGGGGGCAUCCAGUUUUGUGUUUGUCUUCCUGUUAUCUUCGGUAUUUCUUGACAUCAAACCAAUUAAAACAAAGGUUUUUGGAGCGCUGUUGGGUUUAUUCGGACUGGCAGCGCUAGCUCUAAUGGAGAUCGUUGUUAACCCGAAAUGGUACAAUUCCACAGCGAUAAUCUGGGGUGCCAUUUCCACUGCAUUGUAUCAGGUGGUUUUUAAACUCCAGAUCGGCGGCACGACCCACCUUGGGCGAAUAUACUUCUCCAUUACAGUAAUGUCAGUUAUUUCCACACUAUUGAUGUGGCCAAUGGUUCUUGCACUGAAAUAUUCCCACGUGGAGGUGUGGGAUUAUUCUACACUACCGUUGAAAAUGUUGUUUACAACAUCCUCUACUAACUGCCUUGUGAUUUUCCUGACAAAUUUUGCUGUUUCACGGAUUAAUCCGCUGUAUACAUCCGUUGGCUUCCUUAUGGUAGUCCCAAUAACUUACCUGUUAGAUCGUUGUUGGAAUGACCGACAGCAAACGGCGGUCGAUAUCAUUGGAGCAACAUUGGUGUUAUCUGGAGUGACCCUGUUAAUUUUUGCGGAUGUUCUAACGUGGAGCAGCAUACGACGCGGAUGGAAGAACGUUCGAGGCAACCUAAAGAUGUUACGGCGCUAUAAAAGUGGAUUUAAGAGAAACGUUUUAAAAAUUUCACAGAAAUAGCGUCCUGUCUGCUUUUGAUGCAUCACACUUCAACAUUAUUAAUAAAUUUAUUGUACUUCUAUGGAUAAUGGACUACGUAUUACUUUGAUACCGGAUAAAUAAAAUUAACAAUGAUU